AGUCUCGCGCUCCUGUUAAUAGGCUGAGGACCAUGUGAGACCAGUCUCAAACUCGCGUGACAGUUAACUUUGCCUCACGAGACGGAGAGCAGCCGCUCGGCAGAAACAGGACAGCACAAAUCAAGAGAUGUGGAGACGUUGAACCUGCAGGAUCCAGAUGCCCCUUUUCUUUUGCAGUUUCCAUAAUCAAAACCAAUCGACAAUGCAUCGCUAUUUCGCAAGCUGUAGGCCUACCGCUUUCCAAAGUUAACCACAAAGAAACAAUAAACCGCUGCAGCUUGAUAACUAUACUGUAUUCAUGACAAUGUGCAGACUACUGUACAUGAGGAUAAGGUGAAAAACACUCACAAUUAGAUACACUUUUAGGUUUAUCUACACUUGCAUUUUAUAUUUAGGAUCAUAACUACAUUAAAGGGCAAAGAUAUUUUAACCUCCCCUUCGUUAAAGUGCUACAAAGCUUCUAAAACAUGGCCGCCGCCACCAUGGAAGUGGCAGACAUCUCCGUCGUAGUGAUCUACUUCAUCCUGGUGCUAGCGAUCGGUUUCAUCGCCAUGCGGAGAGCCAAUAAGAACACAGUGAGCGGCUACUUCCUCGCCGGGCGCUCCAUGAACUGGGCGGCCGUGGGAGCGUCGCUAUUCGUCAGCAACAUCGGGAGCGAGCAUUUUAUCGGACUAGCCGGAUCGGGUGCUGCUAGCGGGUUCGGCGUGGCUGCGUGGGAAAUAAACGCUCUGUUGUUGCUGCAGUUAUUGGGCUGGAUAUUUAUCCCAGUGUACAUUCAGUCUGGCGUCUACACGAUGCCAGAGUACCUGACCAAGCGUUUUGGCGGCAAGCGGCUCAAGGUGUAUUUUGCCGCGCUGUCUCUCGUGCUGUACAUCUUCACCAAGCUGUCCGUGGAUCUGUAUGCCGGGGCGUUGUUCAUCCAGGAGUCCUUAGGGUGGAACCUCUACCUGUCAAUCAUCCUCCUCAUCACCAUGACGGCUCUGCUGACGGUCACUGGAGGUCUGGUGGCUGUAAUCUACACGGAUACCGUCCAGGCCUUCCUCAUGAUCGCCGGAGCGCUCUGCCUCAUGGGCAUCAGCCUCUUCAAAGUUGGAGGACUUGAAGGGAUGAGUACCAAGUACAUGCAAGCGUCUCCAAACAUCACGGCCAUCUUGCUGUCUUCACCGAACCUGACGUAUUCUGCAUCCUGCCACCUCCACCUCCACCCGAAGCCAGAUGCUCUGAAGAUGCUUCGGGGCCCGAGGGAUCCAGACCUGCCUUGGCCAGGUUUCCUACUGGGCCAGACACCUGCCUCUAUUUGGUACUGGUGUGCAGAUCAAGUAAUUGUGCAGCGGGUUCUGGCAGCGAAGAACAUUGCCCAUGCUAAAGGAUCGACGAUCAUGGCCGGCUUUCUGAAAAUCCUCCCCAUGUUCAUCAUCGUCAUCCCAGGAAUGAUUUCCAGGAUCUUCUUUGCCGAUCAGUUGGCGUGCAUCAGCCCGGAGCACUGCAUGGAGGUGUGCGGCUCUGCGUCCGGCUGCAGCAAUGUGGCCUACCCUCGCCUCGUCAUGUUGGUGAUGCCCGUCGGACUGCGAGGCCUGAUGAUGGCCGUCAUGAUCGCGGCUCUGAUGAGCGACCUGGACUCCAUCUUCAACUCGGCGAGCACCAUAUUCGCCCUGGACAUCUACAAGAUGAUACGGAAGCAGGUGUCGUCCCGGGAGCUGGUGAUAGUCGGCAGGUUGUUCGUGGUCUUCAUGGUGGUUAUCAGUAUCGCCUGGGUACCAGUGAUCAUCGAGAUGCAGGGAGGCCAGAUGUUCUACUACAUCCAAGAAGUGACAGAUUACCUGACGCCACCCAUAGCUGCUAUGUUCUUGCUCGCGGUCCUGUGGCAUCGCUGCAACGAGACGGGCGCCUUUUGGGGAAGCGUGGUAGGGUUUGUCCUUGGAUCGGUGCGGCUGAUUUUGGCGUUGGUUUACCGGGAGCCUCGCUGCGAUCAACCCGACGACCGUCCCUCCUUCAUCAAAGAUAUCCACUUCAUGUACGUGGCGGCGAUCUUGUUCUGGGUGUCGGCUUUUGUGACUGUAGUCGUGAGUCUGUGUACUCCUCCGCCGGAUAAAGAACAGAUCAGAACCACUACCCUGUGGGGGUUAAACAAGAGGAAGAGACUAAGGGAGAAAGCUGGGGAAGAUGUGACAGCUUUGAAGCCUCUGAAUCAUGCAAACGGUUUGACUGGGAAAGAAAAGUGUCCAGACCAGCAAGACCAACCCAACGGGAUCGAGGCCAAUCAUGAGAAUACUCAACCAAGCAACGGUCAUGCUGUCUUAGUCUGUGAAGCAUCUGAUCCUACACUGGUAGAAGAGGGAGUAGUGAGAGGACUGGGGGAAGAAGAAGGCUGUCUUGGAGGAGGAGUAGUGGAGGGAGGGAAGUGUAUGAAAGCUUUAGAGUUUUUCUGUGGUUUCCAGGAAAAGCCGUCCGAAGCUCAGGUCCUCACCACCCAGGAACAGGAGAAGAUCCUGGAUGAGCUUCUCCAUGAACCUCUGAGAACCAAAAUCCUCCUGAACACGGGACUGCUGGCCAUUUGUUCUGUGGGGAUCUUUAUCUUUAUCUACUUCUCCUUAUAGGCUUGUUUGAUUCAAGGCACGUUCGCCAUAAACUACAAGCAAUAAUGAACUGAAGGUGCUUCAGUUUCUCUAAAACUUCAAUAUGUACACAGAACAUGCUGGUCCUUUUUCAGAGCUACAACCCCAGAAAUAUUUGGGUUUUGAUCAGGUUGAGGAACCCAUUCUUAGUUAUUUUGAACAAACAAAUACUUUGUUGUAUUAUGAAAUGGAUUUUAUACACUCUGGUCUAUUUUAUAUACUUUAAUGUGCAUUUUAUAUAUGCAGUUUUAUAUUCUGUUUGUUGUGAAGAUUGUUUUUAACUCCAGAAAUUUGCACAAUUUCACUGUAUCAUAAGUUGUGUAUUCCCCUUUAUAUAGGGGACUAUCAGGAUCAACAGGACAGAUGUCCAAAAACUCGCCUUUAAGAUAUCAAUGCAAGAUUUUCCACCCAUGAUAUUGCAUAAUUUAAGUCAUAUUUGUUGUUGUAUGAUUUAGUGGAGAAUGCACAAUAACUAAUAUAGCAGUGUUGCCAUUGAGUGCAAAUGAAAGCCUUUUUUUGUAUAUAUUUUUAAACAAAACGUCACCUUUGCACUUCCUUUUGCUUUGCAGGAUGUGUGCAUACAGUAGGAUCAAUGCAGUGUUUUUAUAACACCUAAGUGCUGCUCAGACUAAGUUUUACAAAGUAAGAACAUGAGCACAAGAGCUGCACAAAGAUGGUGUUAUCGUUUCAUUUUGUAAUAUUUGCUGAUGGCAAUCCUGAUCUCAGAUGUGAAGGAGAAGACUUCUCUCCUGUAUUAAUCCAGUAUUUUUAAAACUCUGAAUGAAAUUUAGGACCGUUUCUAUGCAAGACUGUUUAGGUACAAAUAACUUGAGGAGUGUUUCUAAACUUUAAGGCUGUGUUUCAUUGGCUGCAAAGGGUUUGCAAAUGUUCAAAUGGAAAUUACUUUUCCACAAACAGUCGUGCUUGAUUCUUGUAUUAUAAUCCUUCUUCCCAUAGCUGCAGUGUACAUAAGUAAUCCCUGCUGAACUAACUACCUUCCCUCUAUGGAAAAGGAAACAUCUCAUCAGACUGGUUGUUCUGGCCUUAAUGCUUUCAUCAAACAUACAGUAUAAACAUACCCAACUGUCAAAAGGAUUAAUGUCAACUUCUAAAGGAUUGGUUCUGAGUUUCCAGGUUCACCGAGGAUGGAUCGUAUCACCUUUUGAGACCCUUUGAUUAGUCGUCAAUCGCCACCAUUAGUUAGAUAUGUUUGUUUUCUGAAAGUGUCACCAAUUAUUGGCUGGAUUUUCAGCAUCAAAUGCCCCCACUUUGUAACGCUGGCUUUGUCUUAUUAAACUUUUCAAAAUUG